AUGGUAGAUGAAAGUGAUGUAAAAAAGCCACUAUUACCACGAACUCUACCUCGUUGGUGGCGUGUAUUACCACCUCUAGUUCUUAUAAUGAUAAUAGCUACUAUCGAUAGUUUAAUUCUAAAUGAUUUUAUUGAAUAUCGUUAUACAAAUUAUUAUGAAUUAAAUUCUUCAUCAACACAAAAUAAACAUGAAUUAUGUAUAAAUGCUAGUCGAAUAUCGCAUAAUUCUACGCCUUCAAUAUCAACAACAACAUCAAAAUAUCCUAUAUCAACUACAAAGUCAUCGAAUGAAAUAAUUCAAGAAUCAGCUGCACGUUUAAAUGUUUUUCUAUCACUUGCUGCUACUGUACCGGCUAUUUUAACAUCAAUUUUUCUUGGUGCUAAUUGUGAUCGAAUUGGACGGAAACCUUUAAUUGCUUUCCCAUUUAUUGGUAAGAGUAUGCGUUAUUUCAUUUUAACAGCUGUUGCUUAUUAUAAUUUACCCGAUAUAUGGAUUAUUCUAUCAACUGUGUUUGAUGGUCUUUUUGGAACGGCAGGUUUAAGUAUUAUAAGUUCAUUUGCUUAUGUAACUGAUUGUACAAAUGAAAAACUACGUACAUCAAGUAUAAUAAUUACAGAAGUUUGUAUUGGAUGUAGUCGAUUUUUACCAUUAAUAACAAUGGGAAUCUAUUUACAACAUCCAAGAUAUGUUCAAUCAAUAAUGUUUACAUUGUUAUUAAGUCUAAGUGGUUUGGUUUUUUGUAUUUUUUUACAACCAGAAUCUAAUUUGAAUGUUCAGCAUUUAAAUAUUUUUCAACAAUUAAAAAAAAGUGAAUUUCGAGCAAUCACAAAAGGUUUUCAAGUGUUUUUUGUUAAACGUCAAGAACAUAAACAAAGAUCAUUAUUAAUAUUAGUUACCAUACAUCUACUUUUAAUUUUUAUGAUAUGUGGACAUAUAUCUAUGUAUUAUCUAUAUUUAUAUGGUGUGCCAUUUUGUUUUGAUUCAUUUAGUGUUAGUGUAAAUAGUUCAGUACAAACAGCUGCUACUAUUUUAUUAACAAUCCCAUUUGCAUUAUUUAUUGCUAAACGUACUGAUCAUUUAGUAUUACCAGGAUUGGGUUGUUUAGCUUUCAUGACACAAUUAGUUUUAUUUGGAGUAGCUCGACAAAAUUGGAUUCUUUAUUUGGCUGUUGGUAUUGGUGGCAUGUUUUAUGUAUUAACGCCAAUAAUACGUUCACGUAUUACAAAAUUAGUUGAGUCUGAUGAAUAUGCUGCAGUUUUCAUUCUUGCUACUAUAGUUGAAACAGGUGGUUAUUAUGCAAUUAGUGCGUUAACAAAUGAAAUUUAUCAAGUAUCACUAACAUUUGAUCAAGGUCUUGUUUUUUUUUGUAUUGCAUUAAUUGGUGCCAUAGCAAUUAUUUUGAUGUCAAUUUUACACGUUUUGGAAUAUCGACCAUCAGAAAUGAAGAAGGCUUCAAGUUUAAACGAAUAG